GUCCUGCACAUAAGUUUAAAAUAUGUCGUACUUCUUGUCAGUGCUGUUAUGUGUAUAUCACAAAUCGGCAAUUAUUUUGUGGAGGUUGUUACUGGAGGUGUUGGCAAGAAUGGCUCUACAGUUGCGGAUACUUCUGUUUUGUCACCGUUGAUUCCAUUGCUAAUGAUGGUAACACCGUUUUGGAUGGUAUACAGUAAGUCAUUGACAGCGGUUUAUGAUAACCACAUAACACUAUUUGCACUUUGUUUUGGGGCUGUCUCAGCUAAAGCCACUGUGAGGUAG